GGACGACGAGAGAGAGCGGGCUGCACCCACAUGGACGAGACCGAUUUUUCACAAGACACGACUUAUAAGCAGGAGGAUUUGCCUUAUGAUGGGGACCUCUCCCAGAUUAAGAUACGCAAUGGUUACAAUUUUACCUCAAAAAAGGAUGCCCUUGAAGUUUCAAAUCAAAUUAUUUUCAUAGCAGAUGACCGUCAAGAGAAGGCUAUGCAUAAUGAGACUUGUGGAAAUACAGCUAUGACCAUGCCCCUGGGCAAAAUGGCUGAAAAUGCUGCCAAUGAAAAAAGUGAGGAAGAGAAACAAUACACUGCAACUCCUCAUACUCCAGCUAAGAAAGGAGACGCCUCGGAGUCAAGCAUUUCAGAUAUUUUACUCCAUCAUCUUUCCAAAGAGCCGUUCUUAAGAGGUCAAUGCAUUGAUUGUGAAACCCUCCCAGAGAUCUCAAAUGCUGACAGUUUUGAAGAGGAAGCUAUUAUUAAAAAUAUGAUUUCACGUCAUAGUAAGAAUUCUUGGCCAAAAGAACAAACCCCAGAACUCACUGACCAACUCAGCCCCCAAAGGGAUGGUGAAAACAGCCAUGAGCCCAGUUUCCCCACCACGGCAGAAGAAAAUAUCUCUGAAUUAGAUGAGCCAGUGGCUGCUGGAGAUAGCAGCCAUCAAGAAAAUGUAAAUGUUUUAACUAAAAUCAAGGGUCCAGGUGAUAAACAAAACAGUUGUCAAGGGCAGGCUCCCCAGAAACAGCAGACUGAAACAGCAAGUUUGGGCAACAGGUUCAAAUAUGGCCAAGGUCAAGUUCAUUACCAGCUCGCUGAUUUCUCUAAGAUUGCUCCCAAAGUGAAAAUUCCUAAAAGUGAAAUAGUUGAUAAACCACUUGCAAUAGCUAAACAAGCCAGCUUUUUUUCCAAGUUGAGAGAUAAACCUGCUCUUGUGCAAGAUAUUUUAGAAACCACAUGUGAGUCACCCUGUGCUGAAAAACACCAUCAAGAGCAGAAAAGGGAAAUCACUGAACCUUCACAACAAAUCCAGAUGGACCCUACAGUACAAAUCCACCAAGAACUUCUCAAAGGAAUAGAAUCUGAGGCAAGUCUCUCUAAGUUGUCACCAACCUCUCAGAAAGGCACUUCCUCAAGUUCUUCUUACAUAUUUCAAAAGUUAUCCCAAGGGAAACAGAUGUGUCAGGAGUUAAAAGAACAGACGGAUCAACUGAAGACUAAAGUACAAGAAUUUUCCAAAAGAAUAAAACGGGAUUCUCCUUAUCAUUUGCAAGACAAGAAGCUGGUCCUGGAGAAACUGCAGGGACGUCUUGAACUGCUGGAGCAGAACUUUCUGGCCACCAAGGACAAGCAUCUGACUUUGCAGCAGCAAGUCCACAAGCACGAGUCAAUUGUUGGUGACUUUGAUCCGGAAAGAAAAAUGGAAGGUGAAAUCUUCAAGUUAGAGAUGCUGCUUGAAGAUGUUAAAGAGAAAAUGGAUGAAAGCAAAUAUACUUCAGCUCCUCCUCUUCCUGUGAGUUUUCCAUUGACCCCGGAUGACUUGGGCUCCACCUCCUCUUCACUCUCAAAUGAGAUUCCCAAGGAGCACCCUGGCCACCCUCCUGGGCCUCAAGGCUCAGGUGGGAGUGAGGCAACAGGAACGGCCCAGGGAGGACCGCAAGAGGGCCCCAACGAGGAGCUCUGUGAGCUUCCCCUGCAGAUUUACUUAAAUGGUCAUUAUGGAGAUGGAGCUGCCCAGAACCAGCCAGACCAAGUGGCCACGAGGCUGUCUUCUGACUCCAGGGAGGACCCCAAGGGCACUUCGGGAAGGCGGGAAUGUGCAGAGACGACGGCAUCCAGUCCGAGCUGUACCUUCUGCCGCAGGCUCCUUGAAUGGAAGCAAAAAGUGGAGAAAAAAGGCCACAGAAGGAUCAACUGUGGAAGAUUUUCAAUUGUCCAUGAAAAGUCACUGCACUCAGAUUUGACUCCCAAUUCUGAUACAGGACACAGCUUCUGUUCUGAUUCUGGCACUGAAAUGCAGAGUAACAAAUGUCAGGACUGUGGCAGCAGGAUUCCUACCUCCCGAAGAGGCUGCAGGAAAGAACCACCUAGAGAAUUUCAUUAUAGAUAUAACGCUCUAGGACAGAAUUACUCAAAUCAUAGCAAAAGAGGUGCCUUUGUCCAGCCCCAUUCUUUAGAUGAAAGUAAGAACUCUUCUCCCUCUUUUUUAAAACAAAAACGGAUCUGUUCUCAGAGAGUGAAUUCAAAAUCCUUUAAAGGUGAACAUGAGUCUACACCAGGAAAAAAAAAUCUUCACACUUUCAGGACCUACAGCUCAGACCUUGCCACACCCUCACCCCAUUUAUACUCCUGCAGGAUUUCUGGAAGCAAAUCCUUAGAUGACUUUGAUAGCACUGAAGAAACAAAAUCUAAGAAUUUAAACUCGGCUUUGGAUCAUGCCCUAAGGACAGCAACCAUUUUGAAAGAAACUACAGAUCAAAUGAUUAAAAUGAUUGCAGAAGACCUUGCUAAAGCACAGAGGUGGAGGAAUCGGCUGAAAUACUAGUUCAAUGCCAGGCAAAAGAAAAAAAUGCAAAGAAAACUUGAUCUUCCCCCAAAAUGCAUUUUGCUUGCUACACAAUUUAGGGAAAUAACUUUCUAGAGAAAACACAAAAAGUAUAAGAAAUGUGUAACACAAAGUACUUACAAGGAAAAAGAAAAAAAAGAAGGGAUUUCUGAUUCUUAAAACCAAAAGCAGUAAACAAGUACUUAUUUUUAAUAAAUCUAGAAAAAAAGAAAGGACUUCUGAUUCUUAAAAUCAAAACUAACCAACAGGUAUUUAUUUUAAAAUAAAUCUAUGUUCUUCCUAACUCAUAAUAAAAGAAAUCAAAACAAAACAAUGAGUUUCCUUAAUUGAAGUUUGAAGGAACCCUGUGUGAGGAUGGAGGGAAACUGGUAGUCUCAUAGGCUGUUGGCAGAAAUGCAACCUUUUUGGGAGAUUAUUUGAUAAUAUCUACCAAGUUCCACAAAUUCUAAAUCAUGUACCUUCAGAGCAGCAAUUCCACCACUAGGAAUUUCCUUUAUAUACAAGUCAUACAAUGUUGCAUGAUAUAUGUAGAGGGAAGGCCACUGGAGCACUGAUGGUAAUAACCCCAAGGGGGAACUAAUCUAAAUACCUCCUGUGAUGAUUCAUAAAUGACAAUACUUUGUAGCCACCAAAAAGAAUGAGGUUGGAUUAUUUGCAAAAUAGUCAGUGAAAGAAGCAAGAUGCCUAAGCAUAUAUAUAUGUACUUCUAACCUCAUUUGCAUAUAUUUUUAAAGAGACAGGGGUUUUACUAUGUUGCCUGGGCUGGACUUGAACCCCUGGGUUCAAGCAAUCCUCCUGCCUUAGCCUCCUGCGUGGCUGGGACUACAGGUAAGCACUGUGCCUGGCUCUUCAUUUGUGUAUUUUUUUUUCAAGGGUAUACAUAUUUUCGGGAAAGAUACCUAAAAAAUCUUAAGUGAACCUCUAGUAAAUGAAACUGGGAGUUUUGGGGGAGAAGGGGUUUUUACCUUAUUUUCUGUACUAUAUGACAUUCUUACAAUAUACUUAUGUUGUAAAUCAAAAUUAUUUGUUUAGAGAUAUCUUAAAAUAAAAAAUUUACAAAAAUAAUAGCCUUAGAUUAAUAAUAUUUUGGAAAAGACAAUUCAUUAAAACUGUAUACCAGAGAUUAAGUAAAUUUGUAAUGUUUCAUGUAGACCAGAGCAGGCGUUUUAUUUUUUCAGCGCAAGCUUUUGAUUUGCUUCUUUAAGACUGAUUUACUACCUCUUUAGUGACAGCAGAGCAGGGUUUGGCUCUUUCCCUUUCCUGAAACUUCUGAUCUUAAUUCACCCCAGACAUUCAAUGAAUGGUUUCUCAACUCCCAAGUUUGGCUCAGUGGUCAGGAGGGAGCUGAAUCUGUUCCCACUUUAGAUUUUUGUGCCAAUGUGGGCAGUUGCUAUUUGUCUAGCUGGCUGAAGAGUGGGCUGUUUUUAACUUUGGGGCUUAUAAAUUGGUUUAGGGUACCCUGGAAGAGAUAAAGCAGGGGUCAGUCUGAAAACACCUCUGACUUUAUGGUCAAAUUUACUUUAGGCUGUGGCACUGUAAAGAAGAUAGCAAGGAACUAUGGGUAGUGUUGUAAGAGAAAAAACAGAGCUUAAACUGUGCAUGCUCUAUUAAACAAAACUUAUGGGAGGUCAUUUUUUUUUUUUGGACUAAGCUCCUGCAUGAGAUCCCAACAGACCAGACCAAACUAGAAUGGAGUCACUCAUGUUAGGUGACAUGUAAUCAAACUGAACUUUAAAAUAGGCCAGUUUUUUUUUUUUUUUUUUUUUU